CAUCAGCUUGCUUGAUUAAUAAACCCCAAAUAGUUUUUGUAAGAGUGCGUCAGUGUGAAAACUCAAAUGACAGUUGCUAUUUAAUUUUGACAAUUCUUAAGUAAUACCAAAAAUUAAAUAAUAUGCCGCCCAAAUUUGAUCCCAGCGAAGUAAAAUAUGUGAAAUUACGAUGUGUAGGGGGUGAAGUAGGAGCCACUUCAUCGCUUGCUCCAAAAAUCGGUCCACUUGGCCUAUCUCCAAAAAAGGUUGGAGAUGACAUAGCUAAAGCCACUGCAGACUGGAAAGGUUUGAAAAUCACUGUCCAACUAAAGAUCCAAAAUCGACAAGCCACAAUUACAGUCAUACCUUCAGCAGCGUCUCUCAUAAUUAAAGCCCUUAAAGAACCCUUACGCGAUAGAAAAAAGCAGAAACAUAUCAAACAUAGCGGAAAUUUAUCGUUGGACGAUAUCAUAAAUAUUGCCAGGGAAAUGAGACCAAGAUCGGUAGCAAGAACCCUUACUGGUACGGUUAAGGAAAUUUUGGGUAGUGCGCACUCAGUUGGAUGUACUGUGGAAGGAAAACCACCACAUGAUGUCAUUGUUGAAAUUAAUGAAGGUGUAACCACGGUACCGGAUGCUUAAGAAGUGAUCAGCAAUAGAGU